AUGGCCAUCGUUCCUGAAGGUGGGCCGGACGGCAUUGUGCCCUCCGAGAUCACAUCGCACAAUGAGGCGUCAAGGGAGAAAACCACUCCAUCACCGGGGCCCUAUGAUGAGAAGAAUGCCGAUAUCGAAGUCGUGUCUACGGGUCCCGAAUCUGAUUACGAUGAUGCCGCCAAGAUAUAUGUCCCCCAAGACAACGAAGAGUUCAUCGAUCCUCGUCUGAAGGACUACCCGGUCCCUCUGGUCGCGAAGACGGUUGACUUACACAAUGAUUUCAACGAGCCUAUCCUUACCUUCCGUUUCUGGUUCCUAUCUACCUUCUGGGUCGUUAUUGGCUGUGCAAUCUCUGCCAUGUACUACUUCAAGCCGUAUUACCAGACUCUGAGCUCCUACGCGGUCCAAUUGCUGUCAUGGGGCAUGGGGGAUGCGAUGGCCAAGUACCUCCCGAAAAAGACCUAUACUAUUUUCGGGAAAUCAUUCAGUCUGAAUCCAGCUCCCUGGAACGCGAAGGAACAUGCUUUAAUCGUUGUUGCAUACUGGGGUUCUUGCUACGCUGCCUAUGGUCUUGGUCCUUUAUCCGCGCUGGAACUUUACUACGGCCGCAAAAUCAAUGCUGGAUGGGGCAUCUGUUUCUUGUUGACUUCCCAGAUGAUCGGUUAUGCGUUUACGGGCAUAUAUCGUGAUAUCCUGGUCCGUCCACCCAAGAUCUAUUAUCCCGGUGUUCUCCCCAACGUUGCAUUGUUCAACGCCAUGCACAAGAAUCCGUCCGUCACCAAGAAAUCCCUAAAGUUUUUCGCCAUUGUAGCCUGCGCUACCUUCUGCUACCAGUGGAUUCCUGGCUUCAUCUUCCCCCUCCUUUCAUCCCUCCCAUUGUUGUGCUACUUUGGCCACGGGCAAUGGAAGGCGUACUUGAUGGGAUCAGGCUACUAUGGCUUCGGAAUGCUCGACUUCACACUGGAUUGGAAUUACGCGAGCUUUCUCUCCCCCUUGUACACGCCACUGUGGGCCAAUGCGCAUCAGAUAGCUGGAGCCAUCUUCUGCUGCUGGCUUCUGUACCCGAUCAUGUACUUCACCAACACGAUCAACUCGCAGAAUUACCCACCAAUGUCGUCCGGUACCUUCGAUCUCACCGGGCAGACUUAUAACAUCACUCGCAUACUCACGCCUGAGUAUACCCUGAACCAGACGGCAAUGGACGCCUACUCUCCUCCUCGCUGGUCCACAUCAUACGCCAUGUACUUCUUCUUUGGAUUCGCCGCUUCCACGGCCGCCUUGGCCUACUCGAUCCUCUGGUAUGGUAAGGACUCAUACAUUGCAUUCCGCGAUGCGCUCAAGAACGUUCGAGACGACUACAACGAUCCAUACCUGAAGCUCAUGAGCCGUACCGAAAGGGUUCCUCACUGGUGGUACAUCGCGCUCUUGGUUCCUUGCUUGGCCUUGUCUCUCGGCUGCAUCUACGGCGCGGAAAUGGGUCUGCCGUGGUGGGGAUUCAUCGUCAUCACGCUUGUUUCGGUAAUUUGCACUUUCCCGAAUGGUAUCCUCUGGGGUGUCGCCAAUGUGCAGGUUGGGAUGGCCUUUCUUUCAGAGCUCAUGGCCGGUGCAAUGUUCCCCGGGAACCCGACGGCCGUCCUUACAUGCAUGACCUACGGCCGACAGAUUCUGGAGCAGAACCUCAAUCUGACAUCGGAUUACAAGUUUGGUUUCUACAUGAAGAUCCCAGAGAAGGAAAUGUUCUGGGGCCAAGUCUACGGAACUUUGUUGGGUCCGUUCGUCAAUUACGGCAUCAUGCGUCUGGUUAUAGAUCACAUUGGCAAGGAUACCCUGAUUGGAAAGAUGGACUCGAACGCGUGGCUUGCUCUGAAGACAAAGAGUUACUAUUCUCUCUCUGUGCUUUGGGGUGUCCUGGGCCCCAAGGUGCUCUUCAGCAAAGGCUCCCCCUACAGCUGGAUUUACUACUCCUUCCUUAUCGGUCCCGCCCUGGUAGCCAUCACCUACGUUGUCCACAAGUACAAGCCAGGCUGGAACAUCGAGACGCGUUGCAACAUGACGAUGAUUCUCUAUGGCGGGACCAUCUUCCCUGUCUACGAGACGACGAACCUCAUGACAUCUGCUAUACUGUCUCUGGUAUUCAUGGGAUACAUACUUCGAGUACACCCUGUCUGGUUCCGAAAGUACAACUAUUUAUUGGGCACUGGUCUCGACUGUGGGACCCAGGUUUGUGCCACAAUCAUCAUGUUCGCUAUCAACUUGCCUGGUGCCACAAUGCCAGGUUGGUGGGGCAAUAAUGCCGACUACACCGAUCUUUGCUACCCACCAUCCACCCUGCCGCCAAAUGCACUGAACUGA